CCGGGGCUUCUGUCCCCGCUCCCUCCGCGCGGGGGCUCUGGGGACGCCGGGGACUCGCGGCGUCCGUCCCUGCGCGGCGCGUUGCGUUCGCGCCCAGUGCGGCGGCCGCGGGAGCAGGGGAGGGGAAGCGGAGGCCGGGGACCGAGCCUGGCCGCGAAGGGGCCGCGGGCGGCCUGCGGGACCAGCCGCGAAGCAGGGGGGCAGCCGGCCACGAAACGGGUCCCCAGAGCCGCCGCACGCGGCGGGACGCGGGCACCCCCGCCAGAGUGGGCGAGGGCCGAAAAAGUUAGGAACUGUCUGCAGGUGUGGACGCUGCCCGUUCGUACUCAGGAGAGUGAUGAUUAUCCAGACUGAGAGCUGGAUACCUGGUCCACGGUCUACUGGUCACGCUGUGAGGUGUGAGUGCUUACCCUGCUGUCCCAUUUGGAAAGGAUUCUGAAGUCAAAAGCUUUGUAAGCUUUCACACUUCCUGUGGUGCUGGAUUCCACAGUGACCCAGUUUUGAAAAAACAAGUUUACAGGGAUGAGUUUCUUCCUGAAGGAUCUGUGUUUGUUCCAAACACAAUCAGAAAGCUUCCUGGCCCUCAUGGCUCGCGUGUUCGUGUACGGGACCCUGAAGAGAGGCCAGCCCAACCACAAGGUCCUGCUGGACCCCGCCAACGGCUGUGCCGCCUUCCGCGGCCGGGGCCGCACGCUGGAGCCUUACCCCUUGGUGAUCGCCGGCGAACAUAACAUCCCACGUCUGCUCAACCUCCCGGGGCAAGGGCGGCUUGUGCUCGGCGAGAUCUACGCCGUGGACGAGCGGAUGCUGAGCUUCCUCGACGAGUUUGAGGGCUGCCCGGACAUGUACCAGCGCACCCCGCUGCAGGUCACCGUCCUCGAGUGGGAAGGCGCGCGCGGGGCGCCCGAGGAGACGCCGGCCGCCGACGGGACCCUGCAGUGCUUCGUGUACAGCACGGUCACCUACGCACCCGAGUGGGUCCGCCUGCCGCACCACGACGACUACGACUUCCAGGGGGAGCACGGGCUUCGCUACAAUCCGCGGGAGAACAGAUGACAAGCGCGAGGGCCAGGCCUGCCCUGCUCCGCCGGGGGCUGGGGGACAGAGCCCCAACGAUGAGACGCCCUCAGCCCAGUCUGCGCUCAGUGCGCCCACGUAAUAAUGUCCUUUGAAACAAAUACUUACUUAUAAAACACAAUCUGUGGGAAAAGGAACAAUCUCUUUUUCAGCCGCAGCUGAUUUUCCCAAUAUUUUGACAUACUGAUCACAAAAUUAUGCCUGAAGUCUGUCUAGCCUAUAGUGCUUUGUUGCUUGCUGCUUCCAGAACGCCACGGGCUUGAAUAGAUAGGGAAAAUUCAGGAUCUUAAUUAAUUCCCCUAAACGACAUUUCAAGAACUCAUGUCAUAUAUAUAUAUAU